UUUGAGUCAUAACAUCAGAACAUAUUCUCCAUGUAAAACCCACUUCUUUGUAAAGAUCCGCCUAAAAUUCGUUCCAUUCUAAGAAAUAACAUCAUUUACUUUAACAGCCUAUAUUAAUAUGAAGACAAAUAAAUAUAUAUUUGUUUUUCGAAAUAAACAAAAUUAAAAUAAUGGACUGAUUUAAUAUUAUAUACCUUUGAUAUCCUCACAAGCCAUAAGUCCAUUAGAAAUAAAAACAAAUUUAGUUAACUUCGCAUCGUUGUACGUUAAAGAUCUUCGAAAAAUAUAUUUUGAAAAUUUUUAUUCUUAAUUAAUUUGUACAAAAAAAAAAAACAACUAAGCAACCAUGAGUCGUGCCAUCUUGGGUAUUGUUAUUGGUAUUUUAAGUUCUAUACUCUAUAUCCUGGGUGCUGGUUACUGUAUUUACGCCAUAACCAAAUCUGCAGACUUUAAAAGCGGUAUAUUGGUUGAUGUUCCUGAGGAAAAAAUUGAUAUGGGCACCAGUAUUUCUACGCUAAUUGCAUGCUUAAUUAUGACAAUUAUAUCGAUUCUUUUAAUACUGGGCAUAACAAAGAAACGUCAUCUGUUUAUGGCUCCCUGGGUUUAUCUUUCUAUAGCUGGUAUAAUAUUGAAUGUUAUACUUAUACUUAUCAGUGCUUUUGAUUCACAAAAACACUCAAAUUUGGUAUUCAAUAUCAUUGUUGUCGCUAUUCAGAUAUUGAUUUGGUAUCCCAUCUAUACACUCUACAAAGAGAUGAGAAUUAAGAAACGUAUAGGUUUCGAACAAGAAGAACAAAAUGUCAUUGUCACUGCCACUACAAAUCCGGUCGAUACAAAUUACACUCAAGUGCCGCAAAAUAAUAUUUAGAUGAAUAAUCUGGAUGGACUCGUUUGAGUACGUUAUUAUUAAAUAAGUAUAAAUAUUUAGAAGAUAAUAUGUUUAUUAUUGAAAUAAAAUAUAUAGAUAAAGACAAAAUAA